AUGUCCGGCUGGCAAAAAAUCAAACAAAUCGAAAAUGAUGGAUUUUUGUGAGUGCGGGGAGGAAAAUUUGAAAAUUCAAAAAAAUUCAGAAAAUUCAAUAAAAAUUCAAUAAAAUUCAAUACAAAUUCAAAAAAGUUCAGAAAAUUCAAUAAAAAUUCAAAAAAAAUUCAGAAAAUUCAAAAAAAUUCAGAAAAUUCAGAAAAUUCAAAAAAAAUUCAGAAAAUUCAAAAAAAAAUUCAGAAAAUUCAAUAAAAAUUCAAAAAAAUUCAGAAAAUUCAAAAAAAAAUUCAGAAAAUUCAAAAAAAAUUCAGAAAAUUCAAAAAAAAAUCAGAAAAUUCAAAAAAAAAUUCAGAAAAUUCAAAAAAAAAUUCAAAAAAAUUCAAAAUUUUUCCACGUGGAUUUUUCCCGCCAAAAUUUGAAAAUUCAAAAUUUGCCACGUGGCAUUUUUUUGGCGCGAAUUUUGAAAAUUUGAGUUUCGCGGCAAAUUCGAAUUUUCAUCACCGAAAACACGUGGAUUUCUUUUUUUUUUGAAUUUUGAAAAAAAACGCGGAGCUUUUGGAGCGAAAUUUAAAAAUUCUUAUUUUUUCCACGUGGAUUUCAGAUUCGAAAAUUACAAAUUAAAGUUUUUCCACGUGGAUUUCGAGCGCGAUAUUUGAAUUUUUGAAUUUUUCCCGCCAAAAACACGUGGAUUUUCCUUUCCAGAUUCAAAAUCUCAUUUGCAAUCGUACUUCGAUCCAUCGCAUUUCAAUAUUCGCAUUUGUUCGCCGAACGAGUUGAGCUAAAUUCUCCAUUUUAUUCGUUCAAUCAUCUGAAUGAUGGAGUUGCUUUACUUGAAGACGGUUUUGAUCCAUAUUCUGGCAAUGAUUUUAAUUUGGUAAGUUUUCUUUACAAAAAUCAGAAAAUUUGAUGAUUUCAUCGUUCCCAGCACGAAAAAUAACCCUAGAACCAAGGAAUCCUCCACGUCAAAAAAAAAUUCAAAAAAAACAACGAUACUCCGCAAUGACGCGUUGUGUAGUUCUCGCGGACAAGUUUCAAAAUUUUUGUUGUUUUUUGUUUUUUCCAUGGUUCUAGGGUUAUUUUUUGUGGUUUUGAAGUUGGAAAUGGUUAAAAUUGAUGAAAAUUAGUUAGAAUAACUCAAAAAUCUAAAUUUUCAGCCCCCGAUUUCGCUCUACGCGUUAUAUUUUCUCCAAAAAUAUGUGCCAAAUCUUCUGCCAACUCUAUGGAUUCUAAUGGACAUCUCAACCGCCUUGAUUUUGUCCAAAAUCAGUGGCACCAAAACCCUCAUGCCAUUUUUAUUCUACGCCUUCAAUCCGAUCUCCAUCGCUUCUUGCUCGAUUCUAUCACUGACAAUCCCGCAAAAUCUACUGAUCGCCAUGAUUUUUUGGGCGUAUAGGCUUGAUUAUUCGAAGACGGUGGCGAUUUUAAUCGGAUUCUGGAGCUCUUUCACUCUAUAUCCACUGCUCCUGAUUUUCAGCUUGAUUUUUGUUGCGAAUCACAAAAUUUCUGCGGUUUUUCUGGCGAUUUUGGCGUUUUUUGCGGCGAAUUUGGUGAAUUUUGUGUUGAAUGAGUGGAGUUGGAGUUUUUUGGAUUCUACUUAUCAAGUUAUGUGAGUAUUGAGGAAAAAAUCUCAUCGGAACCACGCGCUCCACCGAUAUAAACACGCAACGCAGACCGCGUCGCGCCACAACACACAGGGAACGAUUCAAAUUCCCUCCCUUGUGGUUGUGGCGCGGCGCGGUCUGCGUUGCGUGUUUAUAUCGGUGGAGCGCGUGGAAAACCUAUUCUGUUUCGCAACAGGACCCAACUCAAAAAACAACAUGUUCCUUUAAUCUUUGGUAAACUGGUCUUGACUUAGCUCAACUCUGAGUUAUGACGUGGCAAAAUGUUGAGUAUUGUAGCUGGAAAACAUUUGAAGAAAACCCAAUCACAGUUUUCGCAACAAGACCCAGCUCAAAAAUCACAUGUUCCUUUGAGAUCGUCGUAAGACCAGUUUACGAAAGAUUAAAGGAACAUGUGAUUUUUGAGUUGGGUCUCGUUGCGAAAACUGUUUUGUUCUUCAAAAUUUUGCCACGUCAUAACUCACCAAAACCCGCCCAAAUGUUCCAGUCUAAACUUCACCAACAUCCAACCAAACGUCGGUCUCCAUUGGUAUUUCUUCGUUCAAGUCUUCGAACACUUUCGCACAUUCUACACAUCCGCCUUCACAAUUCUCUAUUUUUUCAUGGGAAUUCCGCUAACUCUGAUCAUCCGAAAUGACAAGGAGAUGCAUUUCAUAUCGAUUCUCCUUCUAAUCACCACAUUUUUCCCAUAUCCCACUUUGAAUUCAGCCACAAUUUGUUUGGCAUUGUUGCCGGUUUUGGAGAAAUACAGGAAUUGUGAGUUUUCAGCCCGAUAUUUCGAGUUAGCCUAACUUUUGCUGCAGAUUUCCGCUACACUUUACUCGUCCCCACAACUCUUAUAACAACAAUCGCUUUGAUGCCUGUCAUGUGGCAUAUGUGGAUUGUGAGCUCCAGCGGAAAUGCAAACUUUUUCUUCGGCGCAACUUUGACCUAUAAUGUUGCAUUGGUGAGUUACCCUAACUUAUAUGUAGAUUUUUCCAAAUAUUUUCAGAUUUAUCUAAUAAUGGAUUUGAUAUUCGUUUAUUCUCGCCGUCAAAUCGAUGUUCUACACGGUGAUUCGAUCAAAAAACAGGCGAAAUUUGGAUACUCGUUUUAUUGA